UAUGAACACUCAAAGCUACUCUCUAUUUAAGCCACAACCCUUUUGUCCUUACAACUCAGGAUAUUCAUAGCCAUCCAAUAAGUUCCUCUCUCUCUUUCUCUGCAUAUUCAAAGUACAACCAGUGCAUAAGAACAUGGACUCUGCCAUGGGAAAUGGGCAUUCAAACGGUGUGGACUCGGGUUUUUGCAUUAAAGACCCGUUGAACUGGGGUGUGGCAGCUGAGUCAUUAAAGGGUAGCCACUUGGAUGAGGUGAAGAAGAUGGUGGCGGAGUUUCGGAAGCCGGAGGUGCGGCUUGGUGGCGAAACCUUGACGAUAUCGCAGGUGGCGGCGAUUGCCGCCCGUGAUAAUGCUGUCACGGUGGAGCUCUCGGAGGCGGCGAGGGCAGGAGUUAAGGCCAGCGGUGACUGGGUUAUGGAGAGCAUGAACAAGGGUACAGACAGCUAUGGUGUCACCACUGGUUUUGGUUCUACUUCUCAUAGGAGGACCAAACAAGGUGGUGCUCUUCAGACGGAGCUCAUUAGGUUUUUGAAUGCUGGGAUCUUUGGCAAUGGAACAGAAUCUUGUCACACACUACCACACUCAGCAUCAAGAGCAGCAAUGCUUGUGAGGAUCAAUACCCUUCUUCAAGGUUACUCGGGCAUUAGAUUUGAAAUCUUGGAAGCAAUCACAAAGUUCCUCAACCACAACAUCACUCCAUGCUUGCCCCUCCGUGGUACAAUUUCUGCUUCGGGCGACCUUGUCCCCUUAUCCUACAUUGCCGGAUUACUCACUGGCAGGCCCAACUCCAAGGCUGUCGGACCUGCGGGAGAAACUCUCAAUCCAGAGGAAGCAUUUCAUCGUGCUGGAAUUGAUGGCGGGUUCUUCGAGUUACAGCCCAAGGAAGGCCUUGCCCUUGUCAAUGGCACGGCUGUUGGCUCUGGCUUGGCCUCUAUGGUUCUUUUUGAGGCUAAUAUACUUCUUGUGUUAUCUGAAGUUCUAUCUGCUAUUUUUGCUGAAGUAAUGAAUGGUAAACCCGAAUUUAUCGACCAUCUAACACACAAAUUGAAGCAUCACCCUGGCCAAAUCGAGGCUGCAGCUAUUAUGGAACAUAUUUUAGAUGGUAGCUCUUAUGUUAAAUUAGCUCUGAAGUUACAUGAGAUGGACCCAUUGCAGAAAUCGAAACAAGAUCGUUAUGCUCUUCGAACAUCACCCCAGUGGCUCGGGCCACAGAUUGAAGUAAUCCGUUCAGCAACAAAGAUGAUCGAGAGGGAGAUAAACUCAGUGAAUGAUAACCCUUUGAUCGAUGUUUCGAGGAACAAGGCCUUACAUGGUGGUAAUUUUCAAGGUACCCCAAUUGGUGUCUCCAUGGAUAAUACUCGUUUGGCUAUUGCAUCGAUUGGAAAACUCAUGUUUGCACAAUUCUCCGAGCUAGUUAAUGACUUAUACAAUAAUGGGUUGCCUUCUAAUCUCUCUGGUGGACGCAACCCGAGUUUGGACUAUGGUUUCAAGGGAGCUGAGAUUGCUAUGGCAGCAUACUGUUCCGAGCUUCAAUUUCUUGCCAAUCCGGUCACUAACCAUGUCCAAAGCGCUGAGCAACACAACCAAGAUGUGAACUCCUUGGGCUUAAUAUCUUCGCGAAAAACCGCUGAAGCUGUUGAUAUCUUGAAGCUCAUGUCAUCAACAUAUCUUGUAGCACUAUGCCAAGCUAUUGAUUUGAGGCAUAUGGAAGAGAAUUUGAAAAAUACUGUCAAGAAUACAGUCAGCCAAGUAGCUAAGAGAACUCUGACUAUGGGUGUCAAUGGGGAGCUUCACCCAUCAAGGUUUUGUGAGAAGGAUUUGCUUAGAGUUGUGGAUCGUGAACACAUUUUUGCUUAUAUCGAUGAUCCCUGCAGUGCUACCUACCCGUUAAUGCAAAAAUUAAGGCAAGUUCUCGUCGAACACGCACUGACAAAUGGCGAUAAUGAGAAGAAUGUGAGCACUUCGAUCUUCCAAAAGAUUGGAGCUUUUGAGGAUGAACUUAAGACCCUAUUGCCAAAAGAGGUUGAGAGCACAAGAACUUUGGUUGAGAGUGGAAAUCCAGGAAUUCCUAAUCAAAUUAAGGAGUGCAGGUCUUACCCAUUGUACAAGUUUGUAAGAGAAGAGCUGGGGACAGGACUACUGACCGGAGAGAAGGUCCGAUCGCCGGGAGAGGAGUUCGACAAGGUGUUUACUGCAAUGUGCAAGGGGCUGAUCAUUGAUCCAUUGUUGGAUUGUCUCAAGAGCUGGAAUGGUGCCCCUCUUCCAAUAUGUUAGUUUAAUUUGCCACAUUUUGAAACACUUGUACACCUUUGUUGUCUUCAAUUUUUAUUUUUCUGUUAUUGUUUGUCUCUAGACUAAAAUUAAGGUUGUAAGAUUAUCUAUGAACUCAAACACUUUCAAUGUCCGUGAAUUGGUGCUUCAAUAGUAAAUUUGGUCAAACUAACGAUUAAAUAGUUAGAUUUUUUAAAAAAGUGUCAUAGAGUUUCAGUU